UUAAAAAGAGCAAUGUUAAAUCCAGUGUGUUUGAUAUCUCUAAUAUUAUUAUAUCAACCAAUUACUGGAUGGAUGAGCUGAUCAUGAGCAGAGGCAGGAUAUAUAGCGCUCUGCUUCUGUAAAUUGUAAUCUCAUUGCUCCUCCUCCUCCGCCUCCUCGAUCUUCUAUUGUUCUGCCCAUACUCCAUAGCCAUCCAUCAAUCUCAUAUUAAUAUAGAGAGAAACAUAAAAUUGAUGGUGGGAGGAUCAUCACCAUCAUCAUCACCAGUUUUAGGCUUUGCCUUUUAUGCUGCUUGCAUCUUUGGCCAGCUUCUUCACCUUGCUCAAGCUCAAAAUGGAACCAGCGCUGUUACAGAUCCUGCUGAAGUAAGGACUUUGAAUUCCAUAUUUCAAGGAUGGGGAAUCGAAGCAACAUCAGGGCAAUGGAAUAUAAGUGGGGAACCAUGCAGCGGAGCGGCCAUCGGCAAUGUCACCAUCGAUAACACAGCUUACAACCCCUUUAUCAAAUGCGUCUGUACAUACGACAAUAACGCUACUUGCCACAUUACCGAACUGAAGGUUUAUGCAUUGAAUGUUGUCGGUGUAAUCCCAGAAGAGCUAUGGACUCUAAAUUUCCUCACCAAUCUGAAUUUGGGCCAAAAUUACUUGACAGGUAACCUGUCUGCUUCCAUCAGCAAUCUAACUCGCAUGCAAUACCUGAGUUUUGGCAUUAAUGCAUUAUCAGGGGAGCUUCCAAAGGAACUUGGAAACCUUACCGAAUUAAAAUCAUUGUCGUUUUCAUCAAACAACUUCUCUGGCUCUCUGCCAUCUGAGCUUGGGAAUUUAGUGAAUUUAGAACAAAUCUACUUUGAUAGUUCUGGAGUUAGUGGUGAGAUUCCUUCCACAUUUGCUGACUUACGAAACCUCCAAACAAUGUGGGCAUCAGACACUGAACUCACAGGCAGGAUACCCGACUUCAUAGGGAAUUGGUCAAAGCUUAGUGACUUGAGGCUUCAAGGGAACUCUUUCCAAGGUCCCAUACCCUCAACAUUUUCCAAUUUGACUUCUCUGUCACAGUUGAGAAUAGGUGAUUUAUCUAAUGGGAGCUCUUCACUGGCAUUCAUAAAGAAUAUGAAGUCUCUAAGUUUCUUAGAGCUGAGGAACAAUAACAUUUCUGAUUCAAUUCCAUCCAAUAUAGGAGAAUACCAAAAAUUGACGCAGCUGGAUUUGAGCUUCAACAAUAUAACUGGGCAGAUUCCUGACUCCCUUUUCAAUUUGAGUUCGCUCUCUUACUUGUUUCUUGGAAAUAAUAAGUUAAACGGCACCCUGCCUGCACAAAAAAGUGCGAAUCUUCUCAACAUUGAUUUGUCGUACAAUAACUUGGUGGGAAGCUUUCCUUCUUGGAUCAGUGAAGAAAAUUUACAACUCAAUGUAGUUUCCAACAACUUCACAAUAGAAAGUUCAAACAGCAGUGCUUUGCCUUCAGGAUUGAACUGCCUACAACGAGGCUUUCCUUGCAAUCGAGGCACAUAUUAUAACUUUAGCAUUAAGUGUGGUGGUCCUCAGAUUACAUCUUCUAGUGGUAUUGUCUAUGAGAGGGAUAACGAGACACUUGGUCCAGCCACAUAUUAUGUGACCAACACAGACAGGUGGGCUGUUAGCAAUGUAGGAUAUUUCAGUGGGAGCAAUGAUCCCCAGUACACAAGGACUUUGUUAUCUCAAUUCCCAAGUAUAGACUCAGAGCUGUUUCAGACAGCUAGACUCUCUGCUUCAUCAUUAAGGUACUAUGGCUUGGGGCUUCAGAACGGGAACUACACUGUAAGGCUCCAGUUUGUAGAAACAGAUUUUCCAGAUACAUCCACCUGGCAAAGUCUUGGGAGGCGUGUCUUUGAUAUUUAUAUGCAGGGGAAUCGUUUAUUAAAGGAUUUUGACAUACGAAAGGAGGCUGGUGGAGUCUCUUUGCAACCCGUUCAGAAGGAAUUUCAGGUCCAGGUAUCAGAAAACUACCUUGAAAUCCAUCUCUUUUGGGCUGGAAAAGGAACCUGCUGCAUACCUCGUCAAGGAACUUAUGGACCUUCUAUUUCAGCCAUCAGUGCUACCCCAGACUUUACACCCACAGGUGAUAACAAACUUCCAAGCAGCAAGAAGAAUAAUAGGACUGGUCUGAUCGUAGGUGUUGUUGUUGGUGCUGGAGUUUUAAGCUUUCUGUCUGUUUUUGUGGUUUUCUAUAUUGUUCGAAGAAGAAAACAGCUUCCAACCAGUGAUGAUGCGGAGCUCUUGGGAAUAGAUGUUAAA